ACAUCAUGAGAUCCAACUAUGUUUUUUAUUAUUAUUUUCUCUGAUGAAUUGUAUGAAGCCCAAGAACCUGCUUCUCUGUCUUCAACUCUCAACUUUCUCUGAGAAUUGAUUCAUUUCAGCUAAGAACAGUAGAAAGAGAAGAAGGAAGGUUAGCAGAAACAAGGGAUAGGCUUUGAAGAUGGGAAUCACAAGCCCAUUCAAAGACCAAUCCUUGUCCAUAACCAAGAGACUUCUUCCAUGGACCCUUUAUGCUCUUCUUCCCAUAGCUCUGCUUCGCUUAUACUUCUACCCUCUACCCUUCCCUGCAUCUCCAGAAACUGAGCUUCCCAGCUCCACCCCAAUCACCAUCAUCUCCCACUCUUCUCUUUCUGCUUCUGCACCUUCUUCUCCAGAAAAGGAGAAAACUUAUGAGACCCCAUGUGAUUUCUUUGAUGGCAAAUGGAUCCGUGACAAGAGAGGUCCUUUGUACAACGGUACAACUUGUGGUACAAUCAAAGAAGGCCAGAAUUGCAUAGCACAUGGAAGACCUGACUCUGGCUAUCUUUACUGGAGAUGGAAACCAAGUCAAUGCAAACUUCCAAGGUUUGAGCCUCAAACUUUUCUCCAACUUAUUAAGAACAAGCAUGUAGCUUUUGUGGGGGACUCUAUGGCAAGGAACCAAUUAGAGUCCCUUCUUUGCAUGUUGGCCACUGCUUCAACCCCUAACCUUGUCUACCGGAAUGGUGAGGAUAACAAAUUUCGGAAGUGGCAUUUUCCUUCUCACAAUGUGAGUGUCUCAUUGUACUGGUCCCCAUUUCUUGUGCAAGGUGUUGAAAAGUCAAACACAGGGCCAAAUCAUAAUAAGUUGUAUUUGGAUCAUGUUGAUGAGAGGUGGGCAAGGGAUAUGGAUCAAAUGGACCUGAUUGUGUUGUCAAUUGGGCACUGGUUUUUGCACCCUGCAGUGUACUAUGAGGGGAGUUCAGUCCUAGGUUGUCAUUACUGUCCUGGCCUAAACCACACUGAAAUUGGGUUUUAUGAUGUGUUAAGAAAAGCCCUAAGGACUACCCUCAAUAGCAUAAUUGAUAGGAGAGGAAGUAAGGGCUAUGGAACUGAUAUAAUUGUGACAACAUUUUCACCUGCACAUUUUGAAGGUGAAUGGGAUAAGGCUGGUGCUUGUCCAAAGACAAAGCCUUAUAGAAAAGGGGAGAAGCAAGUUGAAGGGAUGGAUUCUGAUAUGAGAAGGAUUGAGAUUGAAGAAGUGGAAGAUGCCAAGACAAAAGCUAAUAACUUUGGAGGGGUUAUUAGGUUGGAGGCAUUGGAUGUAACAAAAUUAGCACUAUUGAGACCAGAUGGCCACCCUGGUCCCUAUAUGUAUCCCUUUCCAUUUGCUAAUGGGCAUCAAGAGCGUGUGCAGAAUGAUUGUGUUCACUGGUGCUUGCCAGGGCCUAUUGACACAUGGAAUGAGAUUUUUCUGGAGUUUAUGAAGAAGUGGGGGGAAGAACCUAGGAUUGAAGAGUGAGAAUAGAAAGAGAGCAACUUUUUGAGAGGGUGGGAACACAGUUUCAUUGGGAGAUUAUUGGUUGCUGUUUUUCUUGCUGGGGCUGCAUAAUGGAAAAGGAAAUAGAUAGAAUAGUAGUACAUGUUGUAUUGAUGAGGGAGGAUGGAGUGGAAAAUUAUAGGUACGAUGAACAAUGAUGUUUCUGGAAUGUGCUAAAAAUUGUAGGGUAAGAGUUUAAGCCAUUUGGACAUGCUAUGAUUUGGGGUACAAAAGUGUUUAGACGUGUAUUUGUGGAGGAAUUCAUAACACAUGUGCAAGUCUUUUUCUGUUUGGUCUGUUUGGUAGCCAUCAAUUUUGUCUGGUGGGGUAUUUCAAUUCGGAAGUUUCCUUUUGCUUUGAUUUCUUCCGUUGUGUUGUUUUCCUCAGUUCCUUGGAAAAUGUUUAGCAAGUUAAACGCUUUGAAAAUGACCAUGAUCCUUGAUUAUGGCGUAAUAAAAUGCACCGGUUAUGCA